AACUGAAGAAUUUCUGAUUUAAGUUGGUAAAACUUUUGUUUUACAUUCGAAUAAUUUCUGACUUUAUAUCGCUAUGACCACCGCUGUCUCGAAUAAAAAAUGUGACGUUCAUAAUUUAUCAGUGUCGUUUUCUCACGCAUUUUUAACGCUCCCAUAACGUUCAUCUAAUUCGACCUUUUUCAACGCAAUUAAUACGCGCGAUCAUGUUGGCACUCGCUAAUAAAUUAUCAAUUCUAAAAUAUCGCUUCCACCACGUUGUGGGUGGCAGAUCUCUGGCUUCGUUCCAGGUGGCAGCGCCGAACACGGCACCCAAGAUGGCUCCCACGUGGCAGGAGGAAAAGAAGCGCUACCUGCAGAUGUCGCUGCACGACAAGCGCAAGGAGUACCUGUGUGGUGACAAAUUUGUCAUCGUCGAUGAUUUGCUGCCGUGGGAUGAGUAUAUUCUUAGCAAGAAGCACGCGCCGAAGAAGAGUCCCAUGCCGGCUGAUUUCAGUAUCAAUUCGGCGAAGAAUCUAAAGCUUUGUAAGAAGAUUAGCAUCUUUCGUGGGGAUAUAACUACCUUAGAGGUCGACGCCAUUGUAAAUGCAGCGAAUAAAUCCCUGUUGGGUGGCGGUGGUGUAGAUGGUGCUAUACACAGCGCAGCGGGGACUAUGCUCGUCGCAGAGAACAAAACCCACGGUGGAUGCGCCAUUGGUGAGGUCAAAGUCAGCGGGGGAUACCAAUUACCUGCACGAGUUGUUAUUUCCACCGUUGGACCGCAGGGCGAACGACCAGAACUCCUGCGUAAGUGCUACAAGAACUCGAUGGAUAUGCUGGCGAAGCUUAAUUUAAAGACAAUAGCUUUUCCGUCUAUUUCUACUGGAAUUUACGGAUAUCCGGUGAAGCCAGCGGCGCAUGUGAGUGCGCAGGAGGUGCGCAAAGCUCUCGAGCAGUACGACGACAAAAUCGACCGCGUUGUUUUCUGCCUCUUUAGCGAGGUGGAUGAAGACACUUAUUCGCAGGUGCUGCCAACUUAUUUUCCUCUGCAGUAGGACAGCUUACAACAUGAAACAGUUGAAAUUUUCUUAAUGCGGCAGCCGAAAUCUUGAUUGGAGUGCCCCGUCUGUUACUAAGCAAAUUCUCUUAUGAUUAAAUAAAUGUUUUGAUAAUA